GCGGCGGUGCGAGUCCGGGCCGGGCGCGCCCCUCCUUCCGCCCGCGGCCCCGGAAGCCGGCGAUGGCGCGGAAUGUGCUGUACCCUCUGUACCAGCUGGGCAACCCCCAGCUCCGGGUCUUCCGUACCAACUUCUUCAUCCAGCUGGUGCGGCCCGGCAUGGCCCAGCCCGAGGACACUGUGCAGUUCCGGAUCCCCAUGGAGAUGACCAGAGUGGACCUCAGGAGUUACCUCGAGCGCAUUUACAACGUGCCCGUGGCUGCCGUGCGGACGAGGGUGCAGCACGGUUCCAGCAGGAGGAGGGAUUACAGGAACGUCAGGAUAAAGAAACCAGACUCCAAGGUGGCCUACGUGCAGCUGGCGCACGGACAGACCUUCACGUUCCCAGAUCUGUUUCCUGAGAAAAAGAGGCCUGAAGGCAGUUCUGCGGAUGAGGACCUGCGGGACCAGGUCCUGGAAGACCAGCGGCGGAGGCAGAGCUGCGACCCCCGGCGCGGGGGCGUCCCCGGCUGGUUCGGCCUGUGACGGGCGGCUGACAGCUCAACUCUAAUAAAAGUGCUGCUUGUGGA